AUGUCAUCCUCUAGCAUAGACAGAGACUCACACAACAUCAAGACUGAACAAGAGCCAAACGUUGAAGCGGUUCACGAAGAUGUCAUUACCAGCUAUAAGGUGAUCAGAUCCAGGGAUGCUGAUGUUAUGUUAAGGUUUUUGGAUGAACAUGGUGAUGAAGUCCCUGAAAUCACUCCCGAGGAAGACCGCAAGCUCGGUAGAAAAUUGAUGUGGAUUAUUGUCGGUUUAACAUCUUUGGUUGACUUAUUGCUUUACUCUGAUAAAGCCGUUGCCUCAUAUGCGUCGCUUUUUGAGUUUUGGGACGAUACUGGAUUGACUCAGAACAAAUAUAAUAAUUCCAACACCCUAUUCUAUGUUGGUUACAUCAUUGGCCAAAGCAAUAUGUACUUUGUUCAAAAGCUCCCAAUCGGAAGAUUAUUGACCUUUGUAACAUUUGCUUGGUCUGCCAUCAUCUUAUUACAUUGUACUUUAUAUAAUUAUCAAGGGGUUUAUGCCAUCCGGUUCUUCCUUGGAUAUGCAGAAUCUAUUGCUUUGCCUAUUUUAAAUACUACAAUGGCUCAGUUCUUGACCAAAGAAGAAAAAGCGGCUACCGCCCCAAUUUUCUAUUCUACUUGUGUUGGGGUUACCAUUCCUGUUGGUUUCAUCGCUUAUGGGAUUUUGAAUGCUAAAAACCCACCAAUUCAUCUUUGGAAAUUGUUUAUCAUUAUCAUUGGUGGGCUCAGUUUCCUCUUGGCAGUGCUUGUAUUUUUCAUCUAUCCAAACAAUCCUUCUGACGCAAAGUUCUUAUCUACAAAGGAAAAAGUGUGGACAAUUAGAAGAGUUCAAAAAACCACCGGGUCUGCAAUCGAGACUAAGAUUUUCAAGAAACAUCAAAUGGUUGAAGCAUUGAAGGACCCAAUUUCCUGGCUCUUCGCUUUAUUUUUCCUUUUGCAACAACUUGCCAACAACUUGCCUUACCAACAAACAUUGCUCUUUGAAUCAAUUGGAAGAAUCACCAACCUUGAUUCCACUUUAGUUUCUGUGGCUUCUGGAGGGUUCGCUGUGUGUUGUUGUAUUGCUGCCACCACCAUUAUGCUCUAUUUCGAAAAUCUCACUGCUUUCUCGGUAGUAUUCUGGACAAUUCCUUCAUUUGUUGGUUCAAUUGCUUUGGCCACUAUUCCUUGGGGGAAAAACAUUGCUUUACUCGCCAUGUUAUGUUUGGCAUCUCCAGCAUUCGGGGUUCCUUGGAUUUUGAUGUUCAGUUGGAGCAGUGCCUCUGCCUCUGGUCAUACCAAGAAGAUCACCAGAAAUGCCAUGGUUAUGGUGGCUUACGCGGUUUCAAAUAUCAUUUCCCCACAAUUAUGGCAAGAAAAAGACGGCCCAAGAUAUAUUCCUGCAUGGAUUGUCCAAAUUGUCUUGUCGUUUUUCGUUGCCCCAUUAAUCGCCAUAGUUAUCUGGGUUAUCUUGAAGAGAAGAAAUACUCAAAGAUUGGAAAAACUUGCCCAAGAUCAAGACAGUGUUGCAGGUUACGUCGAAAAAGACGGUGAAAAAGUUAAGGUUAAUAUCGCUUCUUUGGAUUUGACUGACUUGGAAAAUGAAAGAUUUAUUUACCCAUUAUGA